ACUCAGCGCACACUAUCUACUGCCUAUGUACAGAGGGAACACAUCUAUUGGACCCUCCCAAUGCGGCAGCCUGACAAGCACAGCUUAUAUCUCAAACGUACGCGUGCGACUGGAUGCCAGUCUGUCGCAGAAACAAUAAGAACAAGCCACGACAAGCAAUUCGCCUAGGCUGCACAGUGAUCAGGCUGACUAUUCUGGAAGUGGCUAUAUUGCGUCUCGGGCUAGCUAGAAUACGCUGUACGAUGCUCCGCACGCACGCGACCUCUGCACGGAACUCGACAGCAGAGUCUGUUGCCGCGGCCUUUCGUCCUUGUCUAGUAGUACGAAGCGCAAUUUUGCAAGACAGGAUGACUGAUGGGACAUGCAGAUCGGCUGACGGUGGGUGUAUUUGCCGGCACGCGAAAUGGAGAGCCUGAGGCUAGGGCUUUAUCUACCUACGUGGAAGACCGUCUAGCGGAAGACAGCCGUUCCGUGCUAAACCGGCAAGAGGUUGACCCCUUACUUUUUCUUCGCGACGUUUGAUGCGAGGCCAGAAGAUGCCCAUCACCUGUCA